GACAUGAUCACAUGACCAUACCAUUCCCACAGCUAAUAUGAGGGGUCGUUUAUUAAUAAUUUUUUGUAAUAACUUGUGUCUAUUUAUAUGAGGGAGCCAAUUAGGAGUAGGAGUAUAAUUGAUAAGCGACCGAUGUAUUCUCUUCCCCUUUAUUAGGACAAAAAAAAAAGAAAAAGAGACACCUCUCGUUUCAUCCCCAAAACAGAGCAAAUACAUAUUAUGGGUUUCAAGCAUGACCUGCUGGUGUACACAACACUAGAAUGUGAAAGCUGUGAGGAAAUGGCAGCUUGUAUGCACAAAGCUAAAGAAGAAGGAGCAGAUCUCGUCGAGCUUUGCAUUGACUCCUUCACUUUCUCUCACAUAUCACAAGUUGAACUACUCCUCAAACAAAGAACUUUACCAUCCAUUGUUUCUUUCAGGCCAAAUUCGCCGAGAAAUUCUGGCAGAGAAGAUUGGAAGAAAACAUGUGUGCAAGUUCUCAAAUUAGCUGUUGAAUUGGACGUUGAGUUCGUCGAAGUAGACAGUGAGGUUGUUUGCGAUGAAGUGGUGGCUGAAUUGAUGAGCAGGCGAUCAAAUAGCAAGAUAAUUGCUUCUAGUUAUGUGAAUGGUGGAAACCCUACUAAAGAGAGACUUUGUAAUUUGAUCAUAAACCUGCAGUCCACAGGGGCUGAUAUCAUCAAACUUGUCAUUGAUGUAGCUUAUAUUACAGAUGUUGCACCAGUUUUCCAUAUGCUUACACAUUGUCAGGUGCCUCUAAUUGCUAGGGCAGCAGGGGAUAGAGGUCUUAUAAGCCAACUAUUGGGUCCAAAAUACGGUGCUUUCUUUAUUUGUGGAUCUUUGGGAGGCAAAUCCACCCCUGGCUUGCCACCUUUGACCAGCAUUAAAGAGGUUUAUAAACUGGAAUAUGUGAACCCAGAUACUAGAGUUUUUGGUGUAAUCUCAAAUCCUGUUGGCCAUAGCAAGGGCCCCCUUCUGCACAACCCUGCCUUUAGGCAUACAGGAUACAAUGGAAUAUAUGUGCCACUACUAGUUGACAAUGUCAAGGAGUUUUUUCGGGUUUUCUCAUGCAAUGACUAUGCUGGUUUCAGUGUUGGUAUCCCACAUAAGGAAGCAGCUGUACGGUGCUGUGAUGAAGUUGAUCCACUUGCUAAGUCUAUAGGAGCUGUAAACACAAUUAUAAGGAGGCCUUUUGACGGCAAGCUCAUUGGUUAUAAUACAGAUUGUGAAGCUUGUGUGACGGCAAUUGAAGAUGCACUUAGAGAGAGACAAAAGACCAAUGGCCAUGCAUCAAAUGUUUCUCCAAUUGCUGGAAAAUUGUUCGUAUUAGUUGGGGCAGGUGGUGCAGGGCGAGCUAUUGCUUUUGGUGCCAAAAGCAGAGGGGCAAGGGUUGUAAUAUUCAACCGCAAAUAUGAGAGAGCAAAAGCUCUGGCUGCAGCAGUAUCCGGUGAAGCUUUGCCAUAUGAACGUCUGAACGAUUUCUGCCCUGAGAAGGGAAUGAUUCUUGCAAAUGCUUCUGCUGUGGGCAUGCAGCCAAAGUCUGAUCGAACUCCUAUCUCCAAGGAGGCAUUGAGAUCAUACGAACUAGUAUUUGAUGCAGUCUACACGCCUAGAAAUACACGGUUGUUGCAGGAGGCUACAGAGGUUGGAGCUAUAGUGGUGAGUGGGGUUGAGAUGUUCGUCAGGCAGGCACUUGGGCAGUUUAAAUUGUUCACCAAUGGAUUAGCACCUGUAGACUUUAUGCGGAGGAUUGUAUAUGAGCAAUUCUGAUUCUUUUAGAAGAAAGCUUCCAAAUGCCAGAUUGAUUUACAUGGGAAAGAAGGAUAUAUCAACUACUGUAAAAGUAGUCAUCUUUUUCUUCCUGAAGAUCAGCUAGAUUGUAAAUAAAUUGUUAUUGUAAUAAUAGGAAGGUAAUGUAUGGAAAGUUGUCUUUAUCCCAGAAAGGUGGUUUAUAAGCAGUAACAAAGUUUGCCUAGCCUGGAA